CCUCAGCCGCCACAAGAUGGCGCCGCGGCGCGGUCCCGCCCCCGGGCCGCCCCCGGGCCGCCGGGCGGGCUGGCAGCGGGCGGCAGCGGGGAUGGCGGCGGCUCGGGGCCGGGUGCUCUGCCUCUUCGACGUGGACGGGACCCUGACACCGGCCCGGCAGAAGAUCGAGCCCGAGGUGGACCGGUUCCUGCAGGAGCUGCGCGGCAGGGUGCAGAUCGGCGUGGUGGGCGGCUCCGACUACUCCAAGAUCGCCGAGCAGCUGGGCGAGGGCGACGAAGUCAUCAGUAAGUUUGACUACGUCUUCGCCGAGAAUGGCACCGUGCAGUACAAGAACGGGCGGCUGGUCUCCAAGCAGGCCAUCCAGGACCACCUGGGAGAGGAGCUGCUGCAGGAUCUCAUCAACUUCUGUCUCAACUACAUGGCGCUGCUGAAACUGCCCAAGAAACGAGGAACCUUCAUUGAGUUUCGCAACGGGAUGCUGAACAUCUCCCCCAUCGGACGGAGCUGCACGCCGGAGGAGCGAAUCGAGUUCUCCGAGCUGGACAAGAAGGAGCGGAUCCGGGAGAAGUUUGUGGCAGCCUUGCAGAGGGAGUUUGCUGGCAAGGGCCUGCGUUUCUCCCGAGGCGGCAUGAUCAGCUUUGACGUCUUCCCGGAAGGCUGGGACAAGCGCUACUGCCUCAACGUGCUGGACGACGAGAGGUUUGACACCAUCCACUUCUUCGGGAACGAGACCACCCCGGGAGGGAACGAUUACGAGAUCUACGACGACCCCCGGACGGUGGGGCACAGUGUCCAGUCCCCCCAGGACACGGUGCAGCGGUGCCGCGAGAUCUUCUUCCCAGAGCGAGCUAACGAGUACUGACUGCCAGGGCACGGCCGCCCAAUCCCCCUCUUCCUCCCCCUUCCCCCCCGAGGAAAAGCACCUUCAUUUGAGGAAUCUGCUCAGGGUUGGACUGAAAAACACUUUCCAGAGCUGGUCGGGAGUUAGCCAGCGGGUGGGCGCACGGAAGGGAGCCGCUGCUGGUCAGCCCUGCGGCGCGCCCCGCUCCUGGCUGAGGUUUGCGGGACCAGGCAGUCCGUCCUGCCAGCAACACUGCUCUCUUGCCAGCUUGGACCCCGGGGGGCAGCAGCACCCGCCUGCGGGACCUGGGCGCAUGGCAAGGGGCCAUUCAUAGCCGUGUGUGUGUCUGUCUGUCCGUCCGUCCUUCCCCUUCCUCCUUUCUUCUCUUUUCUGCUGUUUCUCUCCACGCUCCUGCACGAGGGAAGGUGCAGCGCCCGUGUCUCCCCCCUUGCGCAGCCUGGCGAGGGACGGGGAGCUCCCCCUUUUGAAGGCCUCCAGCGAGGAGGCUCCGCAACCUCUCUGGGCAACCUGUGGUGCUGCCUUCCCAUCCUACGUGUCCGGGCGGACCGGGACACACCAAAUCCAGUUCCCGGUGCGAACAGAGAUCGACACCAAUGCAAACCCAAACCUCAGCCUUUGUUCCCGGCCCUUAGGAGCCCCUCGCCACUCCCUGCCGGUGUGUCACAGCCACUGACGCCAGCCUGUGGCUGCCCCAUGCUCCUGUUUUCUCGUUUUUUCUCCCCCUUUCCUUGCACCCCGCACCCAUCCACGCAGCCCCGUUGCUCUUUGCCUCCCACCUGGGGUCUGGAGUGCAAAGAGAAGUUUCCCAGCUGCUGCCACCCAACCACGGGACCAAGCUGCUCAGGAGAGGCACCUGGUGCUCCCACAUCGCCCCGGGCACAGCCCCGAGCGGAUUUGGUGCUGUAGUGGUACGAACAAGGCGCUGUGAGCCUGGCACAGCCGGGGUGCCCUCUUACAUUCAGCAUGUCGGGUCUGUGGUGCACCAGAUUUGCAGGAGUGCAGCGGUCUGCCUGGCGUCCAGAAAUCCCCAACAAAUGCACAAAUUCCUCUGUCUGCCCAGACAAAAUCUGUGAGGGAGAAGAGGACCUUGUUGGAGAAGCCUGAAUGCAGGUGACCCUCUUCACAGGCCACUCUCUUGGCCCUCCCCUGCAACCUUCGUGGAGGAAUCAUCUGUGGUUCUGCUUUCGCUUUCGCUGAGGACCAGGUUAUGUGCGGGUGUUUGGUUUUGAUUGUUUGGGUUUGGUUUCUUUUCCUUGUAAAUCUAUUCCAAGUCAGCAGGUCUCUGGAGAGCUCGGUGCUGCUGAAGGUGCAGGACACCGUGGUGGCCCUGGGGGCUGAGGCGACCUCUUUGUGGAGACACCUCGGGGCCAUCACGCUGUGAGCGAGGGGGGCGACCUGCUUGUCUUGCUACAGCUCUGGCUGGGCUAUUUGGGGUUUCCCAGAGGCAGCGAGGUGCCCCCACACGCCUGUCCCAUAGCGUGACCCCGUGGGGUUUCUCCCACCUGUGUGUGUGAGCGAGUGGAUGUGGUGGGUCCCGUGGCGGGGGCUGUGCUGCCGUACGGUUCUGUGUCUGCGUGAGGAGGGUGGCUCCUGUCUGACUGGUACCAACUGUUAAAUGAGGAAUAAUUUAAUUAAAUACAUAGAUAUAUAUAUAUAAAUCAAUCCUAUUAAAGCCACAAUGUGCAGCUGUCGGAG